AUGCUUCGCUGUGGCCAUCGCGGCGGGGUGGCAGGAGCGGCGCUGCUGUCGCAGCGACGGCAAAAGGAGCACACAGGCAAGCGGGAGCCGUGGGAGUACGUCCCCACGCCGGAGCACAAGAGUCUAGUGCUCCUUUUGUAUCGCAAUAUUUUGAAGGGUCUGAUGAACUUCAAAAGUAUCAGGCGACGCAGCAUGAUUGCGUACUGUCGGUUUGCGUUUCGACGCCGGGCAAUGGCGACGGAGAAGUUGUUGAUUGAUGAGUGCAUUGAGGAGGCCCGGCGGGCCGUUUAUGUGCUUGAGAAGCACCACAACUUCACCAUCACGCGCAGCUACGAGUAUGAUAGCAUGGGGAUCCCGAAGGACACGGGGCAAGACGUGGCGACCUACAUGGAGGAGGUGUACGACCCUGAGGUGAGUCGACAGCAAUUUCAGCACUUUCAAGACGUGCAGCCUGGAAAGGAGUACCUGCACCAGCAGCGUGGGCUGGGGCCAACGAGCGGCAAGCACCACUGGCAGGAGCAGACAAGCUCCGCGGGGUACAAGGUGGAAAUACGGGAGGAGGACAAAGUCCUGCGUCCACCACCACCGCCAAUGGAAUGA